UCAAGCGCUUCCUCCGCCGCUGCCCAACAGCUCGCACCCGGCUCCCAUUCAUUCUCUUGGCAAAUCGCCCAGUUCAUCCUAAAUUACCAGCUCUCCUCGGCUUCCCUUCCUCCAAAUCGUUGGCGUUUUCUUCCUCUGGUUCUCUGCCUGUGUGUCCGAGUUUCUUGAUCGACAAGGGCAUGGCGACGACGGUGGACUGGCGCAGCUAUAGGCCCGAUCUUCCUGCCGCGAUGUAUCACAUGGUGGACAGCAGGGACCAGGUAAUGCACGCGUUUGCUCCGGCGACGGCGCAGGGCGCGGCUCCGACCAUCUCGUUCGCCUUCCCCUGCCCCGGCGCGGAGCAGAGCGCCGGCCUGCUUCGUGGCGCCAGCUACCUCACUCCCGCGCAAAUCCUCCAGCUCCAGUCGCAGCUGCACCACGUGCGCCGGGCGCCGGGCGCGGCCAUGGCCGCGGUGGGGCAGCCGAUGAAGCGGCACGGCGUGGCAGCGCUCCCGGCGCGGCCGGCGACCAAGCUUUACCGCGGCGUAAGGCAGCGGCAUUGGGGGAAGUGGGUCGCCGAGAUCCGCCUGCCCCGCAACCGCACCCGCCUCUGGCUCGGCACCUUCGACACCGCCGACGAGGCCGCGCUGGCCUACGACGCCGCCGCCUUCCGGCUCCGCGGCGAGUCCUCCAGGCUCAACUUCCCCGAGCUCAGGCGCGGCGGCGAGCACCACGGCCCGCCGCUCGACGCCGCGAUCGACGCCAAGCUCCGCUCCAUCUGCCACGGGGAAGACAUGCCCCAGAGCCAGAGCGAUGAGACGCCGGCGCCGACGACGACACUGACGCCGAUUUCUUUCCCGGACGUCAAGAGCGAGCCAGUCUGCUCCGUCUCCGAGAGCUCGUCGUCGGCUGACGGCGAGGUGUCCUCGUGCUCCGACGUCGUCCCGGAGAUGCAGCUUCUUGAUUUCUCGGAGGCUCCAUGGGACGAGUUCCUGCUGCGCAAGUACCCGUCGCUCGAGAUCGACUGGGACGCGAUCCUUUCUUGAAUCAAGUUCAUGCUUGAUCCACAGCUCGUCCAAAGUGAUUACUUCUGCUUUCAUUAGGCUCUUGGAUAGGUUAUUAUGGGUUUGGUCAUGUAUUCAUGUGUAACAUCAACCCCUGCUCUGCUUGGUUUUUGAAUGGCAUUGCCAGGAAGGAGGUUUUAUGUAGAAAUUUAAGUCUGUCAUGUAGUUUUGUGAUUCAAUAAAGAUACACUUUGGUACUUGAAA